ACUGAUAUCAAGUCUUCUUCAAGAAAUGACACUAGGGACCCUCCUGAGCUUAAUAAAGUUCUCCCAUCUUUGGCUGACAUUAAGGCAAUAACCAAACCAUCAAAAGAUGCUGAUCUUCCUGUUGAUAUUUUGUUACUUACAGUUACAAACUGUGAGUUCUUAGCUUGCUACAGUGAGCUAAAAAACCCCUAUAGAUGUUGGUUUGAUAAUCUUGGCUAUGUUUACUUUUCUGAUGUGGGUGAAAGUCAAGAAGAGCUGAAAGUUGCUUUAUUAAGAUGUUACAGAAAUGGUAUUGGUCCUGGCGGUGCUCUUGUGUCUGUAAAGAAUGCUGCUUCUGUGCUUAGACCCAAAGCAGUUAUUUCUGUAGGCACAUGUAGUGGCCUCAACCCUGCAAAAUCCAAGUUAGGAGAUGUUGUUGUAUCUGCCAAAUUAGCAAUGUAUGCAUCAAAGGUAGUGACCAACAAUCAAGAGCAGUCAACUGGCAUGAGGAGUUAUGUGAGCAAACGCUUUCUGGAUGUCAUUAAGAAUUGUGCUGAUGGCUGGCAUGCACCUUUGAAAGACUUGGCUGAAGCACAGCAAGUUCAAGUUUAUACUGAUGCAGAGUUUCUGAGUGGACCAGAACAAGUCAGAGCUGAGUGGCGGCGUGAUCAACUUGCCGAAACCAGUCCUCAGGCAAUGGCAAUAGAAAAUGAAGGAGAAGGUGAGUUC